UGUUUACGUAUUUCGGAGGAUGUGGCGGUUCACGAAGGACUUGUAGAGGCAUUGUGAGGUUUUCUCUCAUAGGGAAGAUGUUUCUGACUAGGAAAGGUUUGUGGUUUCCCCUUAGCGUGCUACUAAUAUGUACCGCUGUCGGGCGUGUGUGUUCUACCAAACAGGAGGACGAUACGAUAGGGAAAGCCUUCGGUAGUCUGUUUAAAGCAAUACUUAGCGUGGUAAAGUCUCAAUUUGAGGCGACAAAGGAUUUUGUUCCCGGGAUCGACACGACCAGCGGAUCAACCAAUCAAACAGACGUUAAGAAUAUGGGAGCUAAUGACACUGGAGACACGCCUAAUUACGAUACCAAGAUGGGUAUGCAAGUGGGAAUGAAAUCCAAGAACGUCUUCAAAAGUGAGGAAUCGACUGACCUUCCUUCUAUCGGUGGAGAGGAUGUACCGUCCCCAUCAGGCACAGGUCAUAAAACAUUUACCGAAGAAUCCUAUGACAUCAAUAAACCCACAAUAGAACACACGGACCAAAGAGUGUCGGGGGAGGAUAUUCAAGAGCAAGUGUCAGAUCAAGGAACUGGUGAUAUAGUGUCAAAAUAUAACGGUUCCCUAGAACAAAGUGAUGAGAAGGCUCCAGGCAAAAGUCAAGUGCAUGACGUUUCUUUCUCAGGUACGGAAUCCAUGAAUCCAGAGAAGGGUCUACCGGGUUUUGGCGAAGUACAGGGAACGGAUACGUGGCCGUACCAACUGGAUGUUAAGGAUAUGUUGGGGGUCCUUGAACAAGAGAUCACAGAGCCAGUCAGUGACUUCGAAAGCAAGACAACCAAUGCUAACCAGGAAGUAGAUGAAGCGGGGUAUGUUCAAGCACAUAACAUGACACAAGCAGACGUUGCAAACACCGAGUCAUCUGACAACCAAACCACUAACGAUGACACAGAGCAAAAUGUAAUCACGCAAAACGCUAAUCAGGAUGCAGACAACAUAACACCGAUCCAGGAAGGAACCGGGUUAUCUGACGUAUUGGUAAAUAAUGUCGAUAGCUCUAUCACGAACGCUACAGGGUUGACUGAUACUACUCUCGAUGGGAAUAUUCCUGCAGACUUCAAUGAGAAAACAGCGAUUUCGUCUAUUCAGAAGUUGUCAAACAUUGACGGCGGAGAGGUCCGGCCAUUCAAACCUAACGUAGGUGAUGUAGUUCAGACAGUCGAGAAGGAGCUAUACCAGCAUGGGAUAUCUCCACCCAGUCAAGGUCAUGAUUAUCUUGGGGAUUUUGAAUCAAACGGAGUUGCCGUCGAUGAAACUCUUAAAGAGUCACACCUCACUACUGACAGCAAGCAGAUGGACAGCACCGACAAAAAGAACGGACAGGCUAAAAUGAAUAUUGAGGAAGUUCAGCCAGACAAUACUGAGACUGGUAGUAAAGAUAGUACAUUUGAUCAGAACUCUCCUAGUCCUGGAGAAACAAAAGGCACACAAGGAUCUGAGGAAUCCGAUACGCUACUCCGGUUGGUUAAUACUAUAUAAUAAACAACGUCAGGGAAAACAUGGGGGAUCAACUGUAUUCGAACUAUCGAGAGCUGGGAGUGAUUAAAAGUCGAGAGGCGAACAUCAUUAAAAUGCUACAUCAAAAUCAGCUGGCUCAUUUCACUAUGUAACAUUUAUUUACAGAAUCUACCAAUAUACAGGCCACUUUCUUUAAUUUGUAUAUUUGUUACAUAAAUAUAUUUACAUUUUAGUGGCAAAGCCACGAUAUAAACUAAGUAAACAGA